AGUCGUGAUUGCGUGAGUGAUCAUACAUACUGUCUUUUCGGUGCUAUUGGUAUCCACGACCAAGCUCUUCGAAUUGCUAAGACAAUGGAAAACUCAGAGCGGAGUCCUCUGUUAAACGGUAACCACAUCGAACAACACAUGACUUUGAGGCAAGGAGUCUCUAACAGCUGGUAUAACGGUCACGACUGCGCAGUUGAAGCCAAGUCGGGCCGAGAGAUCGAGGGCGCGGAGGUUAUCACGAAAACCUACUUCACCCGCUUCUGGAUUCUGUUCAUUUUCUCCUUUCUUGCCUGGUUUCAGUGUGCCCAGUGGAACACGUGGGGCCCCAUCAGCGAGAGUGUGGACGUCGCUUUUCCGGGAUGGGGCGCUGAGACAGUGGCCAUGAUGGGCAACUGGGGAACCAUCAUGUUUGUGGUGGGCAUCGUGCCCAUGUGCUGGCUGAUGGAGGCCAAGGGACUCCGUGCGGGAGUGCUUGCAUGUGCUGGCUUGAUUGCAGCGGGGACCGUAAUGAGGAUCAUUCCCUUUGCUACGAGUUCUGACGUGUUCUUCACCGUGAUGUCCCACCUGUGUGCUAUUUGUGUGGGUCUGGCAGCAACUCUUGUCAUGGCUGCCCCUCCUACCAUAGCCGCUGUGUGGUUUCCGCCCGAGGAAAGGACGACUGCUACAGCUGUUUCGCAGGUGUUCAAUCAGCUGGGCAACGUCGGGAGUUACAUGGAGCCGCUGCUGGUGAGGGCGCCACGGAACGGCACGAAAGCGGAGGACAUUCGGACUGAUAUUAAGCUGCUGCUGUAUAUUGGUAAACGUUUCGUGUUUUUUUGGGUGUGGUCGGUUUGUGUUUUGUUAGCGUGGAUUUCUUCUUCUCCACCAUCUUCUUCUUCUCCUUCUUCUUCCAUACGCACACACACCUUUUAUCUUAUCUUUUCUUUCAGAAAUCGAGAUCUACUUCUGGUGACAAUGUCCUUUGGGAUAACAGUGGGUAUUCCCUUGACUUGGUUGAGUGUCCUAAACUUUUCCCUUCAUGAACUUGGAAUCGAUCAGGACGACGCUAUGUGGAUCGGCAUCCUAGCUGUCGUGUUGUCAGGAGUCUCCGGACUGUUGGCAGGGCGCGUGACCGACGCUGUCUACGGCCACGUGAAGGUGUCACUGAUCCUGCUGAUGGCGGCGACCCUGGCUUGCUUCUUCUGGUUCUUCCUCUUGGCGUGGGGCACCGUGGAGGUCACGAGAUGGCAGGUAUAUUUUAGCGUGGUCGGGGGCCUGGCGUUGAAUUUCGCCACCGCCCCUCUCUUCAUGGAACUGGCUGUCGAGGCGUCCUUCCCAUGUCCUGAGGUUGUCGUUGGUGGGAUGCUGACGGGGGCAGAUAAUUUCGUGGGUUUGCUGUUUCUCCUGCUCUUCUUCAUUCCUAAUAUAGGAUACGAGUGGGUGACGUAUUCUCUGCUUGCAACAGGUGCCCUUGCAAUCAUUCCUCUGCUGCUGGUGCGGGAGAAUUACGCAAGAUCCAGCAUCGAUAGAGCCGAUGGUCACGAAGCUCCCACAAAAUUAUUGUAGGAGUGGUCAAGAAUGGAUAGAGAAACGGAGGGAAAAAAUGGGUACUGGUGCUGCUCUCCCCCCUAAGAAUUUGUUUUUAUUAUAGUCUCCCCUUUAUGGGUUUGUGGUUACUGGUUUUCUUUCAUUGCAAAGGUUUUUUCGAGUAUUAAAUGGAUUUUUUUUGUCUCCCUUAAUUUUGGGCACCUGAAGUUUGCUGUGUUACGCGUAUAAAUACAGUGAAAAAAAUAUAUGGUUUCUGUGUAGCUAACACUGGAUACAUGAAAUACUUGUACUUCCACUAUUAGAGUAGAUACAGUUAAUAAACAGUUAGUAAUGUUUA